AUGCAGUUGGAAUAUAGGAAUACAUUCAGUCCAAACUCUUUCAUCCAGCACUCACUGGUUUGUUUCUUUCGUUUUAUCCAUGAUUUAUCAUUAUACCCUUUGAUUUCUUUCUUUCUUUCUUUCUUUUUUCUUUCUUUCUUUUUUCUUUCUUUCUUUUUUCUUUCUUUCUUUCUUUCAUUUUUCUUUCUUUCUUUUUUCUUUUUUCUUUCUUUCUUUCUUUUUUCUUUCUUUCUUUCUUUCUUUCUUUCUUUUUUCUUUCAAUUCAUUCAUUAUAUUAUUAUUAUUAUUACAGUACUCCAUUUCUUUCUUUCAAUUCAUUCUUUCAUUUUAUUGCAUUUCUUUCUUUCUCUCUUUUUUUUCUUUCUUUUAGUCUCUUCGUUUCUAUGUUUAUACUGUUUGACUUUUCUUUUCUUUUUUAUUUAUUUAUCUUUUUCAUUUAAUUGUUAUAAUGUUUCAUUUCUUUCUUUUUCUUUAUCGAUUUCUUUCUUUUUCUUUUCCUGUCCUUUCGUCUUUCCUCUUUUCCAUUUAUUUUCAAUAAUAGAUUCCGAUUUCAUAUCCGAAUUUCAUCGUCUUCAUUGUUUCAGCUUCCUUCUUUCGACUUCAUCUUCUUCAUUCGCAAACGAUUCAUCUUUUAUCCGUACAAAUCUAUCUAUCUAUCUAUCUAUCUAUCUAUCUAUCUAUCUAUCUAUCUAUCUAUCUAUCCGCCAGUCUCUGCUCAAAUCUAACUAUCUAAUUAACCAUCUAUCUACGUGUGAGAUCCUUUUAUCUAUCUAUCUAUCUAUCUAUCUAUCUAUCUAUCUAUCUAUCUAUCUAUCUAAUUUAUUCGGAAAUUAUAACAUAAAUAUGAUAUAA